GAGUGGGGCCGGCCGGCCCCCCUCCCCCGCAGCCCGGGGCAGGGGUGGUUCUGCGGCUCUGGCCCCUGACCUGGGCCCAGGCUGGCUGCUGGGGGAGAGGGGGCCCCUGCAGUGUCCGGGCACAUCCUGACCCCCUCUGACCAAGGGACCAGUGAAGGUGUUGCAGGAUUUUCUGUAGUUCUUGGUCACACCGCUGCAAAGAAUGGAGAAGGAGACCACCCAGGGUAGUGGGCCAGGAAGCAAGGUUUAUUGAGUGAUGGAGGACAAAGCCACCGGAGUUUCAGUGGGCUUGCUGGCGGACAACCUGUCAUGCAAUCAGCGUCCCCACGGCGACUGUCUCCGUGGCAACACAGUGGGUGGUAGGAACCUCGAGGCGGGGACGAAAGGCCCCAGGAGCCGAUGGAGGCGCGGAAGUUCCCCAGCGCACAGACUGCUCGGGCUGUCACGUGAGGGCCGCCUGCCAGUCAUGUGACCGUGCCCCGCGGCCGAGCAGAGAUGGGCGCCCAGCUCCGGCCGGCCCUGCCCUGGGCCCUGAGCCUGCUGCUGGGGCUGGGGCUGCACAGCCUGGGGGCCAGGGCCCACAGGGUACCGGGGAGCGACUUUCGGGAGGGCUACUUUGAGCAGCUUCUGGACCAUUUCAACUUCGAGAGGUUUGGCAACAAGACCUUCCCCCAGCGGUUCCUGGUGUCAGAGAAGUUCUGGAAGAGGGGCAGGGGGCCCAUAUUCUUCUACACGGGCAACGAGGGGGACGUGUGGUCCUUUGCCAACAACUCGGGGUUCAUCCUGGAGCUGGCGGUACAGCAGGAGGCUCUGGUCGUCUUCGCGGAGCACCGCUACUACGGGAAGUCGCUCCCGUUCGGCGAGCAGUCCACACGGCGCGGGCACACGGAGCUGCUCACCGUGGAACAGGCCCUGGCCGACUUCGCGAGGCUGCUCAGCACACUGCGGCGGGACCUCGGGGCCCAGGACAGCCCCGCCAUCGCCUUCGGUGGCAGCUACGGGGGGAUGCUCAGCGCCUACAUGAGGAUCAAGUACCCCCAUCUCGUGGCCGGCGCGCUCGCGGCCAGUGCGCCCGUUGUGUCUGUGGCCGGCCUCGGCGACUCCUACCAGUUCUUCCGGGAUGUCUCAGCGGACUUCGAGGGCCAGAGUCCCAAGUGUGCCCAGGGCGUGCGGGACGCGUUCCGGCAGAUCAAGGACCUGUUCUUACAGGGAGCCCAUGACACAGUCAGCCGGGAGUUCGGCACCUGCCAGCGCCUGUCCAGCUGGGAGGACCUGACCCAGCUCUUUGGGUUCGCCCGCAAUGCCUUCACCGUGCUGGCCAUGAUGGACUACCCAUACCCCACCGACUUCAUCGGGCACCUUCCUGCCAACCCAGUCAAGGUUGGCUGUGACCGGCUGCUGAGCGAGAGCCAGAGGAUCAAGGGGCUGGGAACACUGGCUGGCCUGGUGUACAACUCCUCGGGCACAGCGCCCUGCUUCGACAUCUACCUGCAGUACCAGGCUUGCGCAGACCCCACGGGCUGUGGCUCCGGCCCCAAUGCCAGGGCCUGGGACUACCAGGCCUGCACCGAGAUCAACCUGACGUUUUCCAGCAACAACGUGACAGACCUCUUUCCUGAGCUGUCCUUCACCGAGGCCCUCCGCCGGCAGUACUGCCUGGACACGUGGGGCGUGUGGCCCCGGAGGGACUGGCUGCACACCAGCUUCGGCGGGGACGACCUGAAAGCUGCCAGCAACAUCCUCUUCUCCAACGGUGACCUGGACCCCUGGGCAGGGGGCGGGAUCCGGAGGAACCUGAGCACGUCGGUCCUCGCCAUCACCAUCCGGGGGGGAGCCCAUCACCUAGACCUCAGAGCGUCUCACCCAGAAGACCCUGCGUCUGUCCGGGAGGCUCGCACGUUCGAGGCCAGGCUCAUCCGUGAGUGGGUGGAAGCAGCCAGACGCGAACAGUGGAUGCAGAUGGCCCGGCGUGGGGGACACGGGGGCUGA